AUUGAGGCUUUAUCCAUAACUCCUGGAGACAGACCUAUCAUUGGAAUGGUUGCAGCUCACUGGAAUGAGAAAGAGCAAUCUCAAAUCUCACCCAAAUGGUGGGAUGGUAAUGGGAUACCAAACUCUACAAACAAAUACAAAGAGGACCAGAAAGUGAGUUGGCACGCAACACCAUUCGAAGAGAGAUUAGAGAAGGCACUUUCAGAAGAAGGUGGUCAAGGUUUCAUUCCUCCAAGGAGACUUGGAACAGUGGAAGAGUCUGAAAGGGGCACAGCUAUAUCACAUCUGAAACAUUCAGCGCAAUCUAUGUCAGUCGUUUCCUUUUGAACAUCGAGUAGUGUCCACUGAGGUAAUAUACUCUUUUGAUCUUGACUAGUCUGUACUUGAACAAAUAUUUUAACUAAAA